UUUAGGACCGCGCGGACAAGUACAUCGAGUGGCCGUGACGUGGCACCGGAGCGGCAAGCGGAUCACAGUGUAGGACAUGGCUCAGACAGCAGGACUUGGACGGAAAUACUUGAAAGCAUUCGUGAGCGGAUUCUUUGUAGCUGUACCUGUCACAGUGACGGUGUUGGAUCGGCUCGCUUACGUGGCGCGGGUGGAAGGCGCGUCUAUGCAGCCCUCGCUGAACCCUCAGGGAGCCUUGUCGUCUGACGUCGUACUUUUGAACCGCUGGAGCGUGAGGAACUAUGAGGUGCAGCGAGGGGAUAUCGUAUCAGUCGUGUGCUGUUUCUCCUCGGCUUUAUGUGAUUAGGAUGUGGACCUGAGUCACGCUUCAGCUGGCAGCUUCUGAUGAGCUUAUGCAGGGUGUUUGCAUUUUCAUAAGAAGUCUUAAUUUGUCUAGAAAGAGAUUACUGAAAUUACAAAUUAAAGGGCUUAAUAAAUGUAUAGUGUUCAGGGAAAACCCAUCUAAUGUCACUGGAAAAAGGAAAAAUCUCGUUUUGGCACUUUAUGCACUUAGUAUUUUAUUUUACACUUUAAAGUAUACUAUUUUAUUUAACACUUUAUACCUGUAUUUGUGUUUGAAUUACAAAUUCUUGUUGGAAACAGCUGGUUCGGUAAUUUAUUACACCAAAUUAUUACACCAAAUCUUUGUAAUUGUAAAAUGUAUGAAAAAUAACUUCAAAUGUUCCUUGCUUUUCAGCACUUGUUGUAAACACUACACAAAAAUGUAAUUGAACUCAAUUUUUCACAGCUUAAAGGAAAUGCAACAUUACUGUUUUGUUGGUUGUUUUGUUAUUGUAUAAUAAUGUGAUACAUAUUAUGUAUCACUGCCCUGCGAUGGACUGGCACCCUGUCCAGGGUGUACCCCGCCUUGUGCCCGAUGCUCCUUGGGACAGGUUC